AGACUGUUUAGACUCUAUGCUUCAUCCUUUUAUGAUUAUGAUUGUGAUAUUUCCGCGAGUUUUUUUAUGCACGAUGAAUUAAAAAAUAUAAAGGGGAAUAGUGUAAAAAUUAAGCAGAUAAAAGAGUACUGAUCAUGCCGGCUCAGGAAGUCGCAGUAGUGCAACUACCAGUUACUGAGGGUGAAGAAAAUAAUGCACCCUCAUCACAACCGAUCGUAGGAAUUAUUUACCCUCCACCGGAGGUUAGAAAUAUUGUUGAUAAGACAGCCAGCUUUGUGGCUAGGAAUGGGCCAGAAUUUGAGUCAAGAAUCAGACAAAAUGAACUUGGAAAUCCAAAGUUUAACUUCUUGAAUUUUGGCGAUCCAUAUCAUGCAUAUUAUCAGCACAAAGUAAAAGAAUUUAAAGAAGGAAAGGGUCAAGAACCAGCUAUAGGACAAGGACUUGGAAAAACUGUCAAUCUUACAGCUCAUCAAAAGCAGCAAGAGAUUUUAAAACAAGUAGAACAACCAUUUGUUCCAAAAGAUCCUCCUACUGAAUUCGAAUUUAUUGCCGAUCCACCUUCAAUUUCAGCUUUAGAUUUAGAUAUUGUAAAACUGACAGCACAAUUUGUAGCUCGUAAUGGUCGUCAAUUUCUUACUAACUUAAUGAAUCGAGAACAAAGAAACUUUCAAUUUGACUUUUUGCGACCACAACAUUCUCUGUUCCAAUAUUUUACUAAACUCUUGGAACAAUAUACAAAGGUAUUAAUUCCACCUAAAGAUUUACUACCACGUCUUCGCGAUGAAGCAGCAAAUAUGGAUAAAAUAUUAGAACAGGUUAAAUAUCGUGCUGAAUGGUUAAAGUACCAAGAAGCUCAGAGACGUAAGGAAGAAGAGGAGUUAGAACGUGAAAGAGUUGCUUAUGCUCAAAUCGAUUGGCAUGAUUUUGUUGUAGUAGAAACUGUUGAUUAUCAGCAGUUUGAAGUUGGCAAUUUCCCAGCACCAACAACACCAGAUGAAGUCGGUGCUCGAGUACUCAUGCAGGAAAGGAUAGAAGAAGGCGAGGAUGUAGAAAUGCAGAUUGACAGUGAAGGAGAGGAUGAAAUGCAAAAUCGUACGGAAGGUGAAAAAGAUCGUGCGAAGGAUAAUAAUCAAGUACAAGAUAUGGAAGAAGAUUCGAGCGAUGAAGAUGACGUAUCACCACCAGGAGAUACUCAUAAAUCUAAAGAAUCUAAACCACGCGACAGCAAUAAUAUGCAACCUCCGCCAUUACCUCCUACUCCAGGAAAUGUUGUGGUAAAGAAAGGCUAUGAUCCUAAGCAACAUGCAAGCAAAACUACACGCCCUGUCGCUCCUGACGAAUACCUGAUAUCUCCGAUUACUGGAGAACGUAUACCAGCAAGUAAAGUUCAAGAACAUAUGCGUAUUGGAUUAUUGGAUCCACGGUGGGUGGAACAACGCGAUAAACAUCUCGAUAAGUUGGCACAAGAAACAGUAUUUGCUCCUGGUACUGCGAUUGAAGCUAGUUUGAAACAGCUCGCCGAAAGACGUACCGAUAUCUUCGGUGUCGGUGACGAAGAAACUGCGAUCGGUAAGAAAAUUGGAGAAGAAGACAAGAAGAAGGAUGAUAAGGUUACAUGGGAUGGACAUACAUCGAGCGUCGAAGCAGCAACUAGAGCUGCUAGAGCAAAUAUUACUCUGGAGGAUCAAAUCCAUCAAAUACAUAAAGUUAAAGGACUUCUUCCUGACGAAGAGAAAGAGAAAAUCGGGCCAAAACCCGCUAAUCGUGCAGCAGAAUUAUCACAUAUGGCAGCAGCUGCUUCGAAACCUCAGGCUACGUUGAAGGCACCACCCAAACCGCCAGCACCGAAACCGGUACCAGUUCCAACGCAACCGCCACCACCGCCAACAAUGAGUAUGCCGACUAUGGGUAUUCCUCAACCGAUGAUGCCACAAGCCCCAAUGAUGAUGAUGGCCCCGAUGCCACCUAUACGACCACCGCCACUUAUGACACCUGCAAUGUCACCAUUUAUGCCAACUCCUCCACCAAUGCAACCACCAAUGGCAUCCGCUAUGGGAUUGAAACAUCCUUCCGAGGCUAUGGAAGAAGAGCCACAAACCAAGAAACUGAGAACAGAAGAUUCUUUGAUACCUGAACAGCAAUUCUUGGCUAGAAAUAAGGGCCCUGUACAGAUGAAUAUAGCUGUACCAAUGAUGACAGAGAAAGCGGAAUGGAAGUUGAAUGGACAGACAUUAAACAUCACUUUGCAAGUGAGCGACACUGUGGCGACAAUGAAGGCUCUUAUACAUGAACAAACUGGUAUGCCUCCUGGUAAACAAAAGUUGCAGUAUGAGGGAAUGUUUUUCAAAGACAGCAAUACUCUUGCAUAUUACAACUUAACAUCUGGUAAUAUAAUAAAUCUUCUACCGAAGGAAAGAGGUGGUAGAAAGAAGUAAAACCAAACACAGCACUAAAAAUUAAUUUAACUUCUGCUACUCAUACUAGGAGGGAAUACUAUGGCUUGAUAAUAUCCAUUAUAAUCAUUUAAGAUAUAUAAAUAAACACACCAUUAAUUAAAAUAA